GCGACGACUGUUCUAUUAUAGCUGCGAAACUCAGCCAGCGUAAAACAGUGCUGCUUGUUCUGUCAAGACGAGAGCAAAAGAUAUCUGUUAAAGGAAAAAUUUCUGGUUUUUUAGAAAAUCCAAGUAGAGGUUGAGGUAUCAUAUAUCCCGGCAAAAGCAUGUAUUGGCAAACGGCAGACGGAGGAAGGCGUGUGUUAAAGCGUGUGUGUAGUGAAUGAUGACUGAGUGAUGUUACAAAAUGUUAAAGGCAUAAAACAAGCAUGUCGUGGAUCGAAACGCGAUGUUGUCACGCAAAAAACGAGAGUGGUACUGUGGUCCCUUAAAAGUGCGUGGGCUGCGCUAAGGAAAUUCGAGAAUUUGAUUCUUGACAAGAUAUCUCAUUCGAAUCAUAGUCGUCCUUCUAAUACAAACAAGCCAGGAUCAUUCAACAAUGUUCUUUUCUGAACUAUCCAUAAUCUCUGUUUUUUGUUUGCUUUUUGCUCGACAUGAUUACUCGUGACUUUGCAAAGAAAAGUAUAAAUAUGAUUGCAUUGCGCAGCAUCUAUCAUACUAUAGAUAGUUGGCAAGAAUCGGCUAAGUACGGCUUCAUCCGUCUAGUAGUUGUACACUAUAUCCUUGCGUUUAGCACUUGGAUUCUUUUAUCAGCUUUUCCAGUUCCACCUAGGAUUUGAGGCUGUUUUUGUCCUUGUGUUCGUUCACAAGACCUCUUUGAUUGUUUUCCAAGCUUUUUUGAAGGUACCCCUGUACGUAGGUCUGCUUUUCUGGUUCCUCUAGUUCUUUCAGUCUUCGUUUAAUCCCAUUGUUCUCUCUCAACUGCUGCGACAAGAUUGGAAGAAACCGUCAUCCUACUUCCAUCAGAACAGAAUAUGACUAUGACAAUGACGAGUAAAGAGGAGGCAGGGGAGAAGAAGGCCUCUGGGCCGCCUAAGAGGCUCAUCACCCUAGAGGAGCUGGCAAAGCAUGACAGCGCAGAAGAUUGCUGGGUAUCUACAGAAAUGAUCUUGUUGAUACAACGUAGCUGCUUCUAAAUGGAGUAGUCUGGUUACACACGACUAAAACAAUGCGAUGUAAAUCAUACCUCACGGAUGGGGGGCACUUGAACCAAUCCGAGUCAUUAUUAUGCUUAUUUUCGACCUUCCUUCAUCAAAUCGCCCAAGUUCAGGUCGCGAUACAUGGUCUCGUAAUUGAGGUAAACAAGGAGUUGCGAAACGAGCACCCAGGAGGGCCAGAGGUAAGCAAUUUUGUAUCCUUGGAUGCAUUCAACAUCAACGAACCGGAAGCUCAACUCCUUCUUCGUUAAAUUUCGAUUUCAGCCAGCAUUGAUAUGGAGGAUGCAGCAGCAUUAAUCUUCCAAUGACCAAGAAAGAUUAAUAGGAUAAAAUCCUUUCACAAUACACCUUCAGGUCCUUUCUCAUGACCAUCCAAUCUUGAAGGAUUUAUGUUUUCGACGUCACAGGUAAUCCUAGCACUAGCAGGGAAGGACGUAUCAGAGGAUUUUGAGGAUAUUGGCCACUCCGACUCGGCAAGAGAAUGGACAGACAAGCUUGUUGUAGGUACUACUGGUUUCUUUGAGUAUGAAGUUUUAAAAUCAAAUCUGUAGUUGCUUACUUCCUUACUUACUUCCUUACUUACUUAGUUACUUACUUACUUACUUACUUACUUCCUUACUUACCUACUUACUUACUUAAUUACUUCCUUACUUACUUACUUACUUCCUUACUUACCUACUUACUUACUUAAUUACUUCCUUACUUACUUNCCUUACUUACCUACUUACUUACUUAAUUACUUCCUUACUUACUUACUUACUUCCUUACUUACCUACUUACUUACUUAAUUACUUCCUUACUUACUUCCCUACUUACUUCCUUACUUUGUUUAUCUUCGUUUGUUCGCUGAAUCCUGUAAGAUCCAGGUCAACAAUCUCAUGUAUGAAUCUUGUUACAACCUUGUUGUUCCUGAACUACACACUUACCACCCGAGCCGCACUGUUCCUCUGCUGACAGGUUACCUCGACGAGGAGAAAAUGAAUGCGGGUGCUUUGAUACCCAGAAACGGCGAGCUGAGUGGUUCCUCAGGCGGUCCUGGGAUCGGUGUUGCGCCCUUAGUUCUCGCCUUUCUCGUCCUAGUUGCAGCCUAUAUUUUCUAUUUUAAUUAACCCAUUCCCCAGAACAAGCAAGAUGUACCCCUAGAAUGGGUUUACUGCUACUACUAGUCAUGCAAGCAUGAUCGGAACUCAAGACUCAACCUGAAGUAGUCUCGACCUCAAGUAGGCUCGAUCGAUGUUGUUCAAAUCCUUAAUACCAUCUAUCUGAUUUAGUUCUCGAAUCCUUACUAUCAUCUAUCAGUAUCGUCCUUAAAUCGUCAUCGUCUAUGAAUAUCAAGAAUCGCCAUUGUCUAUGAAUAUCAAAUCUAGCUGUUCGAAAUAUUUUUUUGAUCGUUUAUGUGUUCACAAUUUGUCCGACUCGCAAUGCAGAAAAAGCCCGUGUCAUCUGUUCAGUAGCGACGAGCCGCGGCAAAAGAACCAUUAUUGCGGCUUUUUUUUUCUCACUCGCGCAAUCAAAAAUACAAAUAGAAGGGGCCGCUGUUAUUGUUGAGAAGUCACAAGAUGUAGUAGCUUUCUCUCACAAGAUAGCUUUCUCUCGUCGAAGUCGUCCGGGGCUUCUACUCUCGUAACGCAUUUUUGAAUUCAUGUUUUUUUUUGUAUCCAAAGAUAGAAAAAACUCUAAAAUUGGGCUUGCGUGGAUGCUUAGUUGGUGUAAAGGCAGAAGUUUUCCCCUCCUCAUGACCAAUUAAAAAGUUAUAGAGUUGUUCGUGUGGUCCUGAAUGUAUUUAAAGACCUACACCUACUGAACCGGAACCGCGGCCUAGAAAUAUGCAAGGAUGAUAACUUCCACGUGGUUGGUUGAAGGAGCAAGUUUUCCAUAUAGUACAGCAAGGGGGUAACUUCGUUGAGAAUCGAAAAUUGUGCGUCUACAACUAAACAGGAAUUACCUGUAUCCGGUAAUAUCAUCAAUCUUGGUUCAUCAACACGACACUCUGUAUUGUUCCCUUCUCUUGGUUCAUGCAAUGUACUUUACGCAAUUUCUACUUAUUACUUUAGAUUUUCUGCCGCCGUUCUUGUUUUCGUAGUCUAUGCUUGUCGUAUGUACUUCAAGGCAUGACUCCAUCUACUGCUUUCAUCAAAUAUGCAAGAAAAAUCAGUGCACAAUGACGAUGCGUCGUGUCUUUUUUUGGGAGAUCAUGACAUAUCUUAUCGGAAAUGUUCACCUGAUAGUAUUACGUUUAUGCGUGUGCAGAGAAUAUAAUAAGUAACCUAUCUCUUCUGGUCUCCCUUUCCUCUCAUCAACUCAAAAAAAAAACGUGGACCGCGGUCCAGGGCGAUUGAGAAACGGGAAACCCCCGCGAGCUUGAGCUUGAGUUGUUUAUUGCCCCUAGUUGUCUAGUAAUUUUCCCCAUGUGAAGAUUCUGAUGUACCUAAGACAGUUUUUUCUCGCCGAUGGCCAGAAUAAGGAACUCAACUACAGAUGCGAUGAUGUAACCACAUCAAAAUCAGAGAUUUGAAUCUCUCUUUUAGAUAGCAGUCUAGCUGUUGUGCUCCCUCCCUUAUGGGAUUAACGACGUCAUAGUUCGUUGUACUCAUUCACAGGGCAUCCGACUAGGUCAUUCAAAAGGAACAUGAUCAUUGAAAUCACACUCAUUUUUCCAUCUUAUUUCACUGAAGGUCAGCAUCAUUUUUACUGUAACUUUUUUUUGAAACAGUCAUGCUGCAGUUAUUCAUCGUUGGUCAUUUCACUUCACACUCAGAAGGUGCCCUGCUGCUGCAAUAUUACUUAGACUCACAAUGUAAAAGCCAAAGCCGGGAGUCCCUUGUUGGUGUCAUACAAGACGGUAAGCAAUAACAAGCUGUACUAUAGAUACAACAACGGUGUGAAAGAAGAGGAACGAAGUGUAUUCCAACUACAACUUCUAAUUUCUGAUGUGAAAGAAGAAGAACCCUACCACAUUCCUAAAAGAACAUCAACCGACCUGCGCCAAAAGAACGGUUACGGUUGACACGACAAAGAACAGGCCUGCGCCAAAAAACGGUUACGGUUGACAUGACGAAGACCACUUCUUCAACCUCAGACGUUUUCUACUUCUUCACUAUUGUUCAAUACUUUUGUGACCGAUUUCAUGGCCAUCUUUCCACGCUCUUUUCCAUACAACUUGUAAAUUAAAAGUUUUAGGAAAGAAGCAAUAGAAAUGCACGACACAAUA